CCCUCGAAGCCCCAACUCCCAAACCCCUUGCCCCUCCAUCAUGACCUCCCAAGCACUGCCACUCACGGUGGUGUUGCUCCACCUCCUCUUUACGACCACCGCCACAAGCACCACAACUAAAUCCAUUUUUUUGCCUGAUUUUCAACUCUUCAAUGUCAGAGAAACACUUGAGGGGAUAAAGAUCAAGCCUAAACCCGGACACCAAGAGCUUUUGAAGAACCAUAAUGGAAGUGAAACUGAGAAAAAGUGGGAGAUGAAACUAGAUCACAGAGAUAAGUUGCCUUCCAACAACCGCUUUCAUAACCAUAGCCAUCGGUUUCAUUCACGCAUGGAAAGGGAUGUUAGAAGGGUUGCGUUCCUCGUUCGUCGUCUCUCCUGUUGCGGCGACACCAAUUACAAGGAGGAGGAUUUUGGAUCGGAGGUGGUUUCCGGGAUGGACCAAGGAAGUGGUGAGUACUUUGUUAGGAUAGGAGUCGGCAGCCCUCCAAGGAGUCAAUACAUGGUAAUCGACUCCGGUAGUGAUAUAGUGUGGCUUCAGUGUAAACCUUGUAGCCAAUGCUAUAAACAGUUCGACCCAUUAUUCGAUCCAACUGCCUCGGCUUCGUACACCGGGGUGUCAUGUAGCUCAACCGUCUGUAACCGGAUCGAGAAUUACGGUUGCCACGCUGGGAGGUGCUGGUAUGAGGUCAUGUAUGGUGACGGUUCGUACACAAAGGGGACCCUUGCGCUGGAGACACUUACGUUUGGGCAAACCGUGGUCCAGGAUUUAGCCAUUGGGUGUGGGCAUAUGAACCAGGGGAUGUUUACUGGGGCUGCCGGCUUGCUGGGUCUCGGGGGAGGAUCCAUGUCGUUUGUGGGUCAAUUGGGCGGUCAAAUUGGGGGUGCAUUCAGCUACUGUUUAGUGACAUUGGGCAGUCGGGCAUCCGGAUCAUUGGUGUUCGGACGCAGGGCAUUGCCCGUGGGCGCUGCGUGGGUGCCCUUGGUCCGCAACCCACAGUACCCAACUUUCUACUACGUUGGGCUUUCAGGUCUCGGAGUCGGGGGCAUCCAGGUACCCAUAUCGGAGGACUUAUUCCAACUAACCGAGCUAGGCACUGGAGGCGUUGUCAUGGACACUGGAACCGCCGUCACAAGACUCCCCACGGUUGCUUACCAGGCCUUCCGCGACACAUUCAUCGCACAAACUGCCAACCUCCCCCGGACCUCCGGAGUGUCCAUAUUCGACACAUGUUACGAACUAUCCGGGUUCAUCGACGUCCGGGUUCCGACUGUGUCGUUUUACUUCAAGGGGGGACCAAUCCUGACCCUACCUGCGUCCAACUUUCUCAUCCCAGUAGACGAAAUAGGGACUUUCUGUUUUGCUUUUGCACCCACAGCCUCGGGACUCUCGAUAAUAGGUAACAUACAGCAAGAAGGCAUCCAAAUUUCGUUUGAUGGAGCCAAUGGUUUUGUGGGGUUUGGUCCCAACACCUGCUGAGAACAUGAUGUAAAGACAGGCAAAGUAGUGAAUUUUUCUAGCUCUAAGUAUAUUCAUGUGUCAUCACUAUUAGUGAUACUAAUCUUGUUCAAAGGUUCUGCCUUUUUCCUAAUGAAAAAAGUAUUUUUUU